UUGCUCAUUCACUAAUCCUCUGUGCGUGUGGCGGUCCUAUAUACUAACACACUACACCACCACACAAGGUACACUUCAUCUCGUGCUCCCAGCACACUACACCACCACCACACAAGGUAAACUUCAUCUUUGAGCUCCCAGCACACUACACCACCACACAAGGUACACUUCUUCUUUGAGCUCCAAGCACAGAGUUUAAGGGAGUAAACAAGUAAUCUUUAAUGUUCUAUUUGAAGGGGUGCAUUUUGUAAAGGGAAGUUUACACAGAAUUGCCAGUAGCAUCCAUUGUUGUGAGUAGUCCGAUCAUAACAUGGUACCAGGAGUGUUAUAAAGGAAGUCCAGGGCAAUGGAGAAAAUCAAGCCGCCUUCAGAACUUGAUAUAGAUAGCAGAAAUUUAGCGGAGACGUGGCGCGAGUGGCAGGAGAGUUGGGAGCUGUACAAGAUUUCGAGCGGUCUCACAGCGAAAGAGGAGAAAGUUCAAGUGGCGACGCUGUAUAGUGUACUAGGAUUAAAGGCUCGCAGAGUACUGAAAACGCUACCAAAUGUCCCAAAAAGUCUGGCAGAUAGAAAGGUGAAGGGCACGCUGAAAGUUUUAAAGGAAUACUGCAUGCCAAGAACCAAUGUGACCUACGAAAGUUACAUUUUUCAAACCACCACAAAAGACGAUCGACCAUUCGAUGUCUUUUUGACAGAACUUCGCCACAAGGCCACACUUUGUGAAUUUGGAGAAAUUGAGGACUCGCUGAUACGAGACCAGAUAGUUGUAGGAACAAACAGCCCUGUAUUAAGAGAACGUCUUUUACGGGAACCCGAAUUAACACCCAACCAGAUGAUUAUGGGUCGCCAAGUGCGCACCAAGUUGCCAGGUCACCCUAAUGCUCUAGUGCCACGUGUUUAUAAUGAUAUACGCUCGCAGUUGCUGGAUCGCCAGUUGAAAACUAAGGAGUAUUAUGACAAAGGAUCAAAAGCCCUCCCCCCAUUGAAAAAGGGUGACACGGUAAGGUUUCAGAAGCCAGGUCAGAAAACAUACACCCCUGCUAGAAUAACCAGAACCCAUGACACACCCAGGUCGUAUGUGAUAACUGAUCAAGCUGGGAGAGAAUACCGCAGAAACAGGCGCACACUCAGCAAAUCUAACGAACCACCACUGUAUGUACAAGAUAAUGUUUUAGAAGACAUUAUAGACUUAGAGAAUGAAACCACUGAAGUCAACCCAGCGCCACGCAGAUCAACUCGCAUCAGAUCAGCACCCCCUUGGCACAAUGACUAUGUCAUGGGCACAUAGCCCAGUCCUAUUUUACAUAUACACAUACUCCAUGUUAGAAUUUUUUUGUUAUGUUUUGAUACUUUCACUUAAUAUCAUAGCUUAGCUUAAAAGGGAGAUGUUGUGAGUAGUCCGAUCAUAACAUCCAUAGACUCUUUUCAGAAAAAAAAACUUGCAGCCAAGAAUGAAGUAGACAACUCAUUGUUAAAGGCUGAAAAAGGUCCACCUAUGUUUGACUCACUAUAUGUUUGAGC